AUGCCUAAAAACUCAAAGAAUUCUUCUGUUUCGCCAGCUAGAGUUAACGAUGCACCAGUAGACCUGGCCCGUUACCUACAAACACUCGUGUCACCAAUUACGGAGCUACAGAGCCUUCUGGAAGCACUGCCGAACAUUGUGCCACAACUUCACGCUCAUGUAUCUACCUCAGAUGAGUUGUCCGUCAAGGCUCAACGAAUCAGCGAGCUAGAGGCGGCAGUCGCGGCAUUUGAUUCGGUGCACAUGAAGACGUCAGAGGCCCUGAAGAUUGAGGUUGAUGACCUCAGGAAGCGUCUCGACCACGAAGGGAAGCACUUUGGGUCACUGAAGAGUGACCACGACAAGAGAUUGGAGAAAAUUAAGUUAGAGCACAAGCAAGCUCUUGAAAAACUGGAGCUAAGUCAUUCUGUCAUGGUGGAGGGUCUCGAGAAGAAACAUAAGGAUCGAUUGAGAGACGAAAGAAAUGAGUUGGAUAAGGUGAAGAGGGAGAUGGAAGAUGUGGAUGUGAAGAAUUGUGGUUUGAGGGAGAAGUUGGAUCUCGCCAACGAGAAGCUCAGGCUGUUGGAGGGGAACAUGGCGUGUCUGCCUGACGAUAAUAUUUUUGAGGAGAAAUGGAAAGACCUAGCGAGAGUGUUCCAUCUUUUCUGUAAGGAACAUUUUACGAACAUCCCAGAAACCCCCACCAAUCACAAGCUCACCCUCCAAGAAUCAUCUUAUCUCGUCAAUUUUGCCACAGCCCUGCCCUUCCCGUUACCUACCAGUGACGCGCAGGCAUCCGCCCUCCUACAUCUUGCUCUUGUUCAGCAUCACAUAUCCAACACUUUAUGCAAGAACAUCUUUCGAACAGUUGUGGUCCCCAGCACCUGCCCGGACGCUUCCACAAUCUUCGAGUCGAUCUCCACCGUGCUUUACCGCAAAAACCCACAUCUCGAAUCAACUUGGCGUAGUCUCACCACUACCGCUCUCUCCCACACCGGGUCCAAAGACUCUUUGAAUGCAAAAGCUCAAGACAUGGCCGCAGAGAUCAUAAAUCUCACAUAUCUCCUCAUCCCCUCUGGCAACCACGACAGCGUCCAUGAAAAACUGUGCGCUCUUUUCAAAAUCGCAUUCACCACCUGGCGGCCGACGCAGCGCUGCUCAGCACGCAUCUUUGCGACAACCGAUCUCGGCGAUGACAUCGAUGCCGAGCAGUGGGGAUCACAGCUUGAGCAGGACGAGUUCGGAUGUGCUUCGGAUAUGGAUGAGACCGAGCAGCAAUGUAAUAAUAGCAAGGUGCUGUGUCUAUUCCCGCGGGUCUACCGCGAGGACCGGGACGGGGAGCACCAUGUGUAUUUCCCGGGAACGGCGCUGUAUGCGGAUUCAGGGGCGUAUGUAGCGGGGCUCAAAGAGCAUAGGGUCAUACAGAACCUAAGGGAGGAGCUCAGUAAAAAGAAGCAAGCGGAGGUAGGAGGUUCGGGAGUGCAUGGUAGGCGUAGUAGGAGGUUAAGCCUGAGUAGGCCGUUGCCCCAGCCGGUGCCGGCGCAGGUGCUGGUGCACAAGCCAAGAAUUGGUACUGGUAAGGCUUUGGACGCCGCAGGCCAGCAACAGCAGGUGGUAAGGGUGGGAGCGGCGGGAAGGUCAGUGGAGAGCAUGGGAACCGCCGAAUCCGAGGGCGCUGCAGUUUUGGGGACCUAG